GAAGGAGGACCUUGGCGGAGGCCGGGCGGGCGCUGGCCCGGCUCGGGGGCCCCUUCCUGGGGGCGUUCCCGUGGCUCUCCCCGCCGCUCCCCGCCCCCUCUCGGGGCCGCUCCUUGUAAGGUCGGGGCGCCGCGCUCUGCCCGCCUCCCGCCCCGCCCGGCUGCAGGCGGCGGCUCGGGCUCGGGCCCGGGACGCGCAGUCGGAAUCGCGCUCCCCUGGCGGGUCCCCGGACGCGGCGCGCACGCUCGCAGCAGCACCCCGGCCAUGGCGGCCCCUCGCCCGUCCCCCGCCAUCUCCGUGUCCGUCUCGGCGCCGGCCUUCUACGCGCCGCAGAAGAAGUUCGCCCCGGUGGUGGCCCCCAAACCCAAAGUCAACCCAUUCCGGCCCGGAGACGGCGAGCCCGGGGCGCAGCGCGCACAGAUCGGCCGGGUGGGCGACGUCCCCCCGCCGCCCCCCGAAGAUUUCCCAUUGCCGCCCCCACCGCUUGUUGGGGACUGUGCUGAAGACCCGGAGGGCGCCCUGGGAGGGGCCUUCCCGCCGCCCCCUCCCCCGAUUGAGGAGCCUUUUCCCCCUGCACCCCUGGAGGAUGAUACCUUUCCCUCCCCUCCACCGCCGCUGGAGGACCAGGCAGGACCCGAGGCCCCUCUGCCACCCCCGCCUCAGCCCAGGGAGAAGGUGAGCAGUAUUGACCUGGAGAUAAACUCCCUGUCCACUCUCUUGGAUGAUAUGACCAAGAACGACCCUUUCAAGGCACGGGUGUCAUCAGGAUAUGUCCCCCCGCCAGUGUCCACACCGUUCAUUUCCAAGCCCAAACCCACCAUCACUGGGGCUGCAGCCCCCCUGCCUCCUUGGAAAACCCCUCCUAGCUCCCAGCCUGUGUCUCCCAGCCCACCUCAGUUCUCCGGGCAACCCCCAGCCAAGCCUCCAGUUCAGCCCCAAGGCCAGCCCCAGGCUGUUUCUUCGGCUAACACUCAACCUCGAAGUCCUCCUGGCCCCUCUCCAGCCCCUAAGUUCUCCCCAGUGACGUCCAAGUUUACUCCAGUGGCUUCCAAGUUCAGCCCUGGAGCUCCAGGGGGAGCUGGGGCCCAGCCCACUCCGAAGUUGGGGUCUCCUGGAACUCCAGGGGGAACUGGGGCUCAGCCCACUCUGAAGUUGGGGUCUUCUGAAGCUCCCUCGUCCACUGGCAGCACCUCCUCUCAGCCCCCCAGCUUCAUGUAUGCUCAGCAGAAGGAGAAGCCACGUGUGCAGGAGAAGCAGCAGCCUGUUCCCUCACCACCGCUGCCAGUUCCCAGCCAAAACCAGACCCAGGCACGCUCCCCUGGGAUGCCAGGACCCCUCACUCUAAAAGAGGUGGAGGAGCUGGAGCAGUUGACUCAGCAGCUGAUGCAGGACAUGGAGCAACCACAGCGGCCCAGUGUGGCCCCCAACGAGCUCUGUGGUCGGUGCCAGCAGCCCCUGGCCCGUGCACAGCCAGCAGUGCGUGCUCUGGGCCAGCUGUUCCACAUCACCUGCUUUACCUGCCACCAGUGUGGGCUGCAGCUACAGGGACAGCAGUUCUACAGCCUGGAGGGGGCACCCUAUUGUGAGAGCUGUUAUACCGACACCCUGGAAAAGUGUAACACCUGCAGGCAGCCCAUCACCGACCGCAUGCUGAGGGCCACAGGCAAGGCCUACCACCCACAGUGCUUCACCUGCGUGGUCUGCGCCUGCCCACUAGAGGGCACCUCCUUCAUCGUAGACCAAGCCAACCAGCCCCACUGCGUCCCUGACUACCACAAGCAGUACGCCCCUCGGUGCUCAGUCUGCUCAGAGCCCAUCAUGCCAGAGCCUGGCCGCGAGGAGACAGUGCGUGUGGUGGCACUGGACAAGAAUUUCCACAUGAAAUGCUACAAGUGUGAGGACUGCGGGAAGCCGCUAUCCAUCGAGGCAGAUGACAAUGGCUGCUUCCCCCUGGAUGGCCACGUGCUCUGCCGCAAGUGCCACAGUGCACGUGCCUCAAAAAGCUGAGAGGGGGCCCUUCCUCCACUCCAACCCUAACCCAACAUGAAUUAUGGGGACCCUACCCUGCCAUGACCAACCGCCAUCCUCUCUCCACCAGUCACCCCCCCUUCCUGGGGUCUGCUUUCACUGCUGCCCCCCCCUCAGUUCAUAACCCCAUCCCAAACCUGGCCCGAGUGCUGUGCUUGCAAAGGGGCCCAGGUAAGACACACCCUGUGACUAUUGGGAUAAGGCAAGUCCCGGAUGGGACAGUGCCAUCCGCCAUCAGUGGCAAUAGCUUCGAAUAAAACUUGUUUUCCAGAA